CGUCAAAGUUGUGCGCCGCGUCGCAGUACGAAUUCUAUCUUCGCAGUGCACGGAUCGUGGUGUCCUCGCAUCUUCUAAAAGCGCGAACGAUUUUAUACACAUCCAGAAAAACAACAUGGCAGUCUCGCUUUCCACCGAGGACAAAUUGGAGUACCACUUCUAUCCCGUGACGGCCGGGCAAAUACAACUCCGAGUAAAAGCGCCGAAUGAUGCUCACAUCGCACUUACAACGUCGCCUCAAGAGGGAGAUCCGAUGUACGAGGUUUUUAUCGGAGGAUGGAGCAACAGCAAGUCCGUCUUGCGCAAGAACAGAACGAAACCAGACGUGGCUGAAGUGGAAACACCUGGUAUUUUGAGCGGAGAUGAAUAUCGCGGCUUUUGGAUCAGGUGGGACAAUGGAGUUCUCUCAGUGGGCAAAGAAAAUGAAUCGGCUCCGUUCCUGAGCUACGCCGAUCCGGAACCGUUCGGAAUCGGUUACUUCGGUGUCUGCACCGGCUGGGGUGCCACCGGCGAUUGGCUCAUCGAAGGUCGCAAACCCUUGAUCACUCCUAACAAGCUCGAGUACAAGUUCCAUGCCGUGCGAAGCGGCUCGGUGCUGAUCGACGUGCAAGCUAAGAGCAACGGGCACAUAGCGCUGACCAACCGGAAGGGCGAAUCGAGUCCCAUGUACGAGAUCAUGCUCGGCGGGUGGGAAAACCAAGCGUCGGUUAUUAGAUACGAUCGCAAACAGCCCGAUAAGGUGCGCGUGAACACUCCGAAUCUGCUCAAUGAGCGCCAGUACAAGAGAUUCUCGAUCACGUGGUUCGGCGGUCUCAUCACGGUCAGAUCGGGCGGUCAGAACGGUGCCGUCCUCAUGGAAUGGCGAGAUCCGAAUCCUCUUGGCGUGAGCUACGUAGGGGUGCGCACCGGUUGGGGCGCGACCGGAAAAUGGAAACUCCAUUUCGAACAUUAUCCCGCUACCAAUAAAAAACAACAUCCUGGCACGAAACCGUCCGCGCCAUUGGAAGACACAGGAAGUAUGUGCUGGUGCGACGCGUCCGGCGGAAUGGUGCCGCCUGGUGCGAUUGAGGGUGGAAACGACGGCGAACCCUUGUUCGUCGGAAGGGCUUCGCACGAGGGUGCUCUCAUUCCUGGCAAAGUGAAGCCUAGCCACUCCGUCUGCUACGUCGCUUGGGGCGGCGAGGAGCAUGGAAAGACUGAUUACCAAGUUCUGUGCAACUGCAAGUCCACGUGGGUGCCGACAAGCGGCGGCAACAUUCCGCACAACGCGAUUCCAGGAGGUGAGACUGAAGACGGCGAGCCGCUGUUCAUCGGUCGCGUGGAGCACGAGGGUGCCAUGACCAUUGGCAAAGUGCAACCUUCUCACAGCGUUUGUUACAUACCUUUUGGCGGUGCUGAAGUUGCCUUCCCCGAGUAUCAGAUCCUGGUCGGCCAAUAAUCAAGAGAUCUAAUCACGACCGGAAAUAUAAAGAAAUCAUCGACUUAUCGGCAGUUCUGCGCAGAAAAGGAGGACAACUUCAAAAAAAAAAAAAAAAAGAAAAAAAA